UCUCUCUCUCUCUCUCUCUCUCUCUCUCUCUCUCUCUCUCUCUCUCUCUCUCUCUCUUAUUUUACUAUUUUCUUGUAUCCAACCAUAAGACAAAACAACGAACUAGGAAGAGAGAGUGUGAGUAAGAGAUUUGUAGUCACAAUGCAAGAGAUAAUAUCGGAUUUUCUUGAAGAGUGUGAAUUCGUUGACACUUCACUAGCCGGUGAUGAUCUAUUUGCUAUCUUAGAGAGUCUUGAAGGCGCCGGAGAGAUAUCCUCCACGCCUGCAUCUACACCUAGAGAUGGAAUCGCAAGUUUAAACGAGUUAGUAAAGGAUCAAAUCCAUGAAACUUCAUCUCCUAAGAGGAAUAAGAGGAAAAGACUAGAAACCGACAAAGAAGAGGACGAAGAAGAAGACGGAGAAGGAGAAGGGGAAGGGGAGGAAGAUAAUAAGCAAGAUGGGGAACAAAAGAUGUCUCAUGUAACCGUGGAACGUAACAGGAGAAAGCAAAUGAAUGAGCACUUGACGGUUCUACGCUCUCUUAUGCCUUGUUUCUACGUCAAACGGGGGGACCAAGCAUCGAUUAUAGGAGGAGUUGUGGAAUACAUAAGCGAGCUACAACAAGUUCUUCAAUCUUUAGAAGCCAAGAAACAACGUAAGACCUACGCGGAAGUCCUAAGCCCGAGACUAGUCUCGAGCCCUCGUCCUUCACCGCCUGUCCUAAGCCCGCGAAAACCGCCUCUUAGUCCGCGCAUCAACCACCUUCAGAUCCACCACCACCUCCUCCCUCCCAUAAGCCCUCGAACCCCUCAGCCCACAAGCCCAUACCGAGCCCAUCCGCCGCAACUACCACUCAUCCCACAGCCUCCUCUUCGUUCUUACAGCUCAUUGGCAAGUUGUAGCACCUUAGGGGAUCCACUUCCAUACUCUCCAGCUUCAUCUUCUUCCUCUCCUUCAGUUAGUAGUAACCAUGAGAGUAGUAUGAUAAAUGAGCUCGUUGCUAACUCAAAGUCGGCUUUGGCUGACGUGGAAGUUAAGUUCUCAGGAGCUAAUGUGCUACUUAAAACGGUGUCGCAUAAGAUCCCUGGACAGGUUAUGAAGAUAAUCGCUGCUCUUGAGGAUUUGGCUCUCGAGAUUCUUCAGGUUAAUAUUAACUCGGUCGACGAAACCAUGCUUAAUUCUUUCACCAUCAAGAUUGGAAUUGAGUGCCAACUAAGUGCAGAAGAAUUGGCUCAACAAGUUCAGCAAACUUUCUGCUAAUAAAAGAAGGAUUAAAUAGGUCUUCCACAUAAACCCUAACGAGAGAUCAGUACUUACUCACUUUCUCUCCUCAUUAUCCUUUCAAUUAUUUUCAAACAUUCCUACAAACAUAUGUCGUUGUUUUGAAUAACAUUGUUAUUUAAUAUUUUAAACACAGUAAUCAGAUAUAUAACAAAUAUAAAUGGGGUUUUACAAGUUAUCAGCUUCAUAUAUAACAUCCUUCGUCACAUGUUAUUUUAUUUAAGUUGUAACAGUACUCCUACCAUGUAACUUAAUCUUUUUAAUUACAUCGAGAAUUGUAGCUUGUAAGUU